UGUCGUCAGCUUCUUCUAUAUGGGUUUCUUGAAAAUGAGUGCCAUAAUUUGUGUAAAGUAUUACUAACGUAAAUUCUAUUUGGAUUUAUUUUCAAAUUUGGCGCAAAUAAUGUUUUCAAACUUUGAGAAAGGAUUUUGAAUCGAACAUGCACCGCGAACGCACAAUUUCGAAAUGCGCAUGAAUCUGGUGACUGAACAUGUUCAGGAUAUCUACUUCGAACAAAGCUAUUAUUUUGGCAAUCAUCUGUUUUGUUUUUACUACACAAAGAAACUUAUAAAUUCAACAAUCAAAGUAUAUUUAAGAAACAUGGGUCGAGUUUUUCUAGAACAUAUUAACGGAAAUAGAUUAUUUUCUUGUGCUAACUGUGGUACUAAUUUAACAAAUAGAUCCGAACUAAUCAGUACUAGAUUUACAGGAGCUACUGGUAGAGCUUUUCUAUUUAACAAAGUUGUUAAUUUAACGUAUAGUGAAGUUCAAGAUCGAGUUAUGUUGACUGGACGUCACAUGGUACGAGAUGUAUCUUGUAAAUCUUGUGAAAAUAAAUUAGGUUGGAUGUAUGAAUUUGCAACAGAAGACAAUCAGAAGUAUAAAGAGGGUAGAGUUAUUUUAGAACGUGCCCUUGUCACUGAGAAUGAUGGAAUAGAAAAUAGAAUUUAUAAUGAAAUGAGAAGGAAUCGUAUAGUACAUAAUUAAUUUGAUCAUGAAAAACGAGAUUAAACCAGGUUUGGAACUGUCGCUUAAAUUUUAGGAGUUGGCAUAAGUAUUACCUCAUUUUGCCAAAUUUCAAUGGUAAAUAAUGAUAUUUACAUAAUUAUGAUCUUGAACUUUAAUAGAAGUAAAUGGAAUUAUUGUCUGUAAGAAGAAUUAUGUAAUAUAUCUUCUUGUUGGAUAUGUUGACACUGAUAUUAAAAGUUUUGUUAUAAAGUUAUGUUUUUUGGCCUUGUUCUACCCAUUUUGAUACCUCUUUGAAUUUGCAGUUUACAUUUUACAAUAAAUUAUUCAUUAGCUAAAAUAAAAAGCUUUCCAAUGCUUUGUUAGUGGGGACUGGGGUCAGUUGGUACAUUUUUUAUGUUGAAGAUUUUCCAAUUCUUUUAUUGAUAAAUGAAGGAAAAAUACUCCGUGGGAUUUGAUAACUAAUGUUUUGUUCAUCUAAUUCUCAAAUUAAUUUAAAUUCAGCAUCUUUGGUUUUCUUUAAGUGUACCCCAUAUUCUGGGAAGAUUGGUACAUACCUAGGGGUUCAUAGGCAAGAGCAAAAACUAAUGUAUCUUAUUAAUGGUUUUAUUAAAUUAGGUAAAAAGUCUCUUGUCACUGCUUAAAUCGCCUUUAACUGUUUUCGUAUUUUUCCUAUUUGCUUGUUUCUUUGAGUCCUUUUUCUGUUUGUCAAAAACCUGUUUUAUUACUGAAUUUGUUUUAUUUUUUUUUGUCUUUUUCUGUUCUUUAUGUCUUUAACAGGCGUCUAUGUAGGAUUUCUUUUUUGUUGCAGUUUUCUUUCUGCUGCUUUUGGAAUUUGCAUCAAAAUUUCUGUAGAACUAUAUCCUGCUCCAAGAUUUAAAUAUUAUUUGCUAAAAGCUUUUCAGGUGGAUGUAGACAUCCAAGACAGGCUUGUUAGAUGACGAAACAUUUGAUAAGUUUUUGGUAUGUGUCCUACAUCCUGUGAUUUUGCUUCAUCUGGAUUCUUGUAUCUACAUUGGAAUAGUUUCUGGCUCUGGCAAGGAAUAUUCGAACUCUCAUUAUGGGAUUUUUUUGGAAAGGUUGAUUUUCUUCCAAACCUGGUCCUGUUCUACUGCUAUGGCAGCUUUUAGCCUAACAUUCAGAUGACUUUUACCUCUUUCCGACUUUCUUUUGAAGUUUAGUACAUUAAAGUUAAUCUAGAAGACAAUGUUUUUAAUAGAAUCCAACCUCACAUUACAUAAUUCUAUAAAAUGUUGCCUUUUAUCCUAUGAAAUAAAAGUAUGUUUAACUUUGCAGAUUUUUUCAAAUAUGUAUUGAAAAAAAUAUUCCUUCCUAUUAUGUAACUACAGAAUCUAUAAUCAAUAUUUAGAUUUGCAGUUUUAUGGGAGGUAUCAAAAUGUGUUGAUUAUUGAAUCUUUUGUAUCAAAAGUUAGAAUGAAAAUAUGUACAAUGAGGCAGAAUUCGACAGUUCCCAUUUUUGUACUACUGUGUUUUUACAUAUUUUUAAGCUGUGUAUUUUAUAAAGCUUUUUUAUGAUAGUGAAAUAGGAAAAUUUAUGCAUAUUGGACUGUGGUUAAUGUUAAAUUUUUCAAAAAUUAAUUCAUGCUUGGUAUGUUUCGGUUAAGUUUAUAUUAUAUUUUAUAUAUUCGAACAUAUUCAGAUAUAAUGGUAAUUGAAUGAUGACUUUUACACUAAGAGAAAUGUCCGAAUUCUUUGAAGGGGGCUUUGCUGUAUUGAAAUCAAAUUAUUAAUAGCUACAAUGUUUGUUCAAUUUGUCAAGUACUAGCUGGUGGUUGAAUAUAAUUAUAUUGUAAAACUAUUAAAUCCUAAUUUUUCAAAUAUUAUUCAUUACUGUUUCCCCCUUUUUUCCACUUUCCACUAUUCUUUUUAUAACAAUCUAAACAAAUAUUCAAACUCAUGCCAUUAUUAUGAUAGUCAUUUUAAUUAAGAUUUUUUAUUUCACCACAAAAUUCAAAUAAAUACAACACUGCUCUAGUUUUUUUAUACAUGUCAUUUAACGCUCCGCACCAAUUUGAUUAAAAGUAAAUAUAGAAAGUGACAAAAAAACUUGGAAGUGAUAUUUUCACCAUGGAAUUGUUGCACAUGAGUACAAAAUGAUACUCAUUUGUAUACUGUAUACUGUUAUAAGUAGAUUUGAUACUAUUCUGUGUAACACAACUACAUAUAGCUUGGGAGAAGCCGGAGUGUUCACUUGCCAGGCAGGUGCUGAAGAAGAAGGUAGUUCUUACAGCAGUAGUUGUUUUCGCUGCAGCUACUGUGAUAUCAAUAUCAAAAUAGUGUCUCCAGUUUCACUUUUUUAACUUGAAGCAGAGCUAUAUAGCUGUGCUAUAUGUAUCUUUGCUACAUAGUGUAAACCUUAUUUUGCACUUAUAGAAGAGGAAAAUUAAUAUUCGAAUUAAAAGUAAUUUUUUAAUUAUAUACACAUAUUAAUUGUUAAAUUAUUUAGUAUAAUGUUUACAAGUAAUAAAUUUUCGGAAUUCAACUUGGUAUCAAUUUUUACUUGCCAUUGAUUAAAAUAUUUGUUGGCAUUUUCUGUUAAAUUUCCUUAAUAAGUUCAAGUAUACUACAUUGGUAAUGUUUUGAAUACAUUAGCCUGCUAAUCAUUAUCAAAUACCUUUUCAUGAAAACUUGUUUUCCGAUUUUCCAACGUUAUCGUCCCCACUGCCAAAUGAUUGCAUAUACAAAAAGUUGUCGGACUCGGAAGCUUUGAAACACUCACAAUCAGUUUGCUGGUAAUAUUUUUUUUAACGUGGGCUGGUAUACCAGACCUAAUAGGAAUGUAUUUACAUAGUCGUGGGGAAAAUUGAUUUCGUAUUACAUGGUUUGCCUCCUUAAAAGAAUUCCAGUCAUCUGACACGAAAUCUAUUAUCACAUGAAAUGUUUCAAGUUGACCAAAUUUGUCAAGAACACACUAAAUAAUAUCAGAAAUUUUCAUAAUAUUGAUAUUUAUAUAAUUUAUUUUCUGAUCAUAGUUGUUUUGAUUGAUUUAAAUAAAUUCUCUGAAAUGUAUAUCUGGAUAAAAAGUUUUAUAUUUUCGCAUAAAGUGGUUGGUUAUUUUGUAUUAAUUACUUAGUUUUAGGGUUUAUUAUGUAACGUAGAAUAAAUGUUAGAAACGAUA